AUGUCUGAAAAAUAAUAUGAAUUUGAUUAUAAUAUAACAAUUCUAUUGGUUGGUGAAGUUGAAAGUGGUAAGACUACUCUUCUAAUCAAAUAUACAGAAUAAGAAUUUUAAUUAAAUAAAUUAACAACUAUUGGUAUAGAUUACAAGUCCAAGAUUGUUGAUUAUUAGGGAAAAAGGAUUAAAAUUUAACUUUGGGAUACUGCAGGUUAAGAGAGAUUUAAAACAAUUAGUAAAAAUUACUAUAGAGGAGCCCAUGCUAUUUUUUUCAUUUAUGAUAUCACUAAUAUGGAUUCAUUUAAUAGAAUUUAAUAAUGGAUUAAUGAAAUUGAGUAGAAUCUACCUUCUGAUAUAAUCAAAGUUUUAAUUGGCAAUAAAUGUGAUUUAAAUAAUAAUAGAUAAGUUUGUUAUGGUUAUGGUAAAGAAUUCGCAGCAUUGUAAGGACUUAAAUUCUUUGAAUCAUCAGCAUUAGAAAACAUUAAUAUAUAAGAACCUAUAAAUUAUGUUAUUGAACAUUUUAUUUAGCAGAACUAAUCAGAAUAAUAACAAAAAGUUGAAAAAAAUCUUGUCUUGUCCAAUUAGAUAGUACCUAAUUAGUAGAACAAUUAAAUUCAACAAUGUUAAUGCUGA